AACGUCCCAGGUUUUCCCGCUAGCCUCCCCACUUUUUCCGCCAUGUCUACCAACUGACACAUUUGCAAGCCGGUCCCUUGAAAGAUGCGAGACAGCAUGUCUUUAUCGUGGCAACCGCAAGAAGACGGACUUCGACAAAUUCUUCAGCUCUUGAGGGAAUCUCAAUCUCCUGACACCGCUACGCAAAGAUCGGUCCAGCAAAAACUUGAGGAGUUGAACAAGUACCCGGACUUCAACAACUACCUGAUAUUUGUUCUGACCAAGUUGAAAACAGAAGAUGAGCCGACCCGCUCCCUGAGUGGCCUGAUCCUCAAGAACAAUGUGAAGGCGCACUUUGAGAAGUUCCCCAAGGAGGUGGGAGACUUCAUCAAGGCGGAAUGCCUGGAAAGCGUCGGGGACAGCUCUCCCCUGAUCCGGGCCACGGUGGGCAUCCUCAUCACCACCAUUGCCUCCAAGGGGGAGCUCACCCAGUGGCCCGAGCUGCUGCCCCGCCUCUGCCAGCUCCUCGACUCGGAGGACUACAAUGUCUGCGAGGGUUCGUUUGGGGCUCUGCAGAAGAUCUGCGAAGACUCCGCGGAGAUGCUGGACACGGAUGCGCUAAACCGUCCGCUGAACGUGCUGGUGCCCAAGUUCCUGCAGUUCUUCCGGCACAGCAGCGCCCGCAUCCGGUCGCACGCCAUCGCCUGCAUCAACCAGUUCAUCAUCAACCGCACGCAGGCACUCAUGGUGCACAUCGACUCCUUCAUCGAGAACCUGUUCCAUCUGGCGUCGGAUGAGGACUCGGAGGUUCGCAAGAAUGUGUGCCGUGCUCUAGUCAUGUUAUUGGAGGUCCGCAUGGAUCGGCUCAUCCCCCACAUCCACAACAUCAUCGAGUACAUGCUGAUGCGCACCCAAGAUGGGGACGAGGGGGUGUCCCUGGAGGCGUGCGAGUUCUGGCUGUCCCUGGCGGAGCAGCCCAUCUGUCGGGAGGUGCUGGCCCCACACCUGGCCCGCCUGGUGCCCAUCCUGGUCCGGGGCAUGAAGUACUCCGAGAUCGACGUCAUCCUGCUCAAGGGUGAUGUGGAAGAGGAUGAAAUGAUCCCCGACCGGGAGGAAGACAUACGACCCAGGUUCCACAAGUCCAAGACGCACAGCCAGAAGCACAUGGACGACAACAUUGACGAGGAUUCAGUCUCGGACGACGGCUUGGACGACGACAACACGCUCUCAGACUGGAACUUGAGGAAGUGUUCGGCGGCGGCGCUGGACGUGCUGGCGAACGUGUUUCACGAGGAGCUGCUGGGCGUGCUGCUUCCCAUCCUGAAGGAGACCCUCUUCCAUCAGGACUGGGAGAUCAAGGAGUCCGCCAUCCUGGCGCUGGGCGCCAUCGCCGAGGGCUGCAUGGGCGGCAUGGUGCCCCACCUCCCUGAGCUGAUCCCUUACCUGAUUGGCUGCCUGGGGGACAAGAAGGCCCUGGUGCGGUCGAUUACGUGCUGGACGCUGAGCCGCUACUCCCACUGGGUGGUGGGGCAGCCCCACGACUGCUACCUGCAGCCCCUCAUGACCGAGCUGCUGAAGCGUGUCCUGGACGCCAACAAGAGGGUGCAGGAGGCGGCCUGCAGCGCCUUUGCCACCCUGGAGGAAGAGGCCUGCACCGAGCUGGUGCCCUACCUCAGCUUCAUCCUCGAGACUCUUGUCUUUGCCUUCAGCAAGUACCAGCAUAAAAACCUGCUCAUUCUGUACGACGCCAUCGGCACCUUGGCAGACUCGGUGGGUCACCACCUAAACAAACCUGACUACAUCAACCUCUUGAUGCCACCUUUAAUCGAGAAGUGGAACGUCUUAAAAGACGACGACAAGGACCUCUUCCCUCUACUAGAGUGCCUGUCUAGCGUGGCCACUGCCCUCCAGUCCGGAUUCCUGCCCUACUGUGAGCCCGUCUUCAGGAGAUGCGUUUCCCUCGUGGAGCAAACGCUAAACCAGAACAUGGCCAAUGCAGCACACCCAGACCAGUUUGAGGCCCCCGACAAGGACUUUGUCAUAGUGGCUCUGGACCUGUUGAGUGGGCUGGCAGAAGGCCUCAAUGGCCACAUGGAGUCCCUGGUAAUGUCUUCGAACAUCAUGCAGCUUCUCUAUCAGUGCAUGCAGGAUUUAAUGCCCGAGGUGCGGCAGAGUUCGUUUGCCCUUUUGGGCGACCUGACCAAAGCCUGCUUCCAGCACGUCAACCCUUGCAUCUCCGACUUCCUACCCAUUCUUGGCCAAAACCUAAAUCCGGAGAUAAUCUCCGUGUGCAAUAAUGCCACGUGGGCCAUCGGCGAGAUCUCUGUCAAACUGGGCAGAGACAUGAAGCCCUACAUCCCAAUGGUACUCACCCAGCUGGUGACCAUCAUCAACCGUCCCAACACUCCCAAAACUUUGCUGGAGAACACUGCCAUUACGAUUGGGCGCCUUGGUUACGUUUGUCCGGAAGAGGUCGCACCCAUGUUACAGCAGUUUAUUCGCCCGUGGUGCUCGUCGCUGCGGAACAUUAGGGACAAUGAGGAGAAGGACUCUGCCUUCAGGGGCAUCUGCAGCAUGAUCAGCGUCAACCCCGGCGGAGUGGUACACGACUUCAUCUUUUUCUGCGACGCCGUGGCCUCAUGGGUGAACCCCAAGCAGGACCUGAAGCAGACGUUCCACGAGAUCCUUCACGGGUUCAAGAAUCAGGUUGGGAACGAGAACUGGCAGCGGUUCUCUGAACAGUUCCCACCUGCACUCAAGGAGCGACUGACGGCAAACUACGGCGUCUGAAGAAAGAAGUUUCUUCUUACAAGAGGGAAACCGGGUGGGUGACAAUCGCGGGACGACCGAAGACGGUGCAGAGCACUACGACGAAGGACUCUUCCCGGGAAAAGAAGAGGACGGACGACGGGGCUGGGAAGGGAUCGCGACGGGGUUUGGGGGGUCCGCAUCCGUUGGGGAUUCGCGUCCGCCGGGGGUUCGCGUUCGCUCGGGGGUUCGCGUUUGCCGUCCUGGGUGCUCAGUGCCACACCGCCCCCGGCGGGACGCCCCGCGCCGUAUCUCCCGCAUACUCAGAAAUCCGCAGAUAAAAAGACCCCGCCCGCACGGGGCACAGAGGCACGCGUCGGGUCAACCUCGAGCGCGUGCACGUCGGACUUCGCGUCACGCUCCGAGCGUCGGUCAGAGGGAGGGUAGACAAACCGCGUGCGAGCGCUUCUUUCUCGAAGCGCGAGAGGGGGAAGGGGACGCGAACCGUGGCCAAAGAGACGGCAGGAAAACGCGCUUAGUCAUCGUCCCGAAUCGCGUGGUGGCGUGGCGCGACAUUCAGCCACCGGAUUUCGGGGCGGCUGCGGGGUCCGCUCGCGUUGUUAGGAAUAAUCUAUUGUUGCGCGUGACGAAUCAAGUGCCAGGGUCUAGUUCAAAGUUUGCGUGUUGUUGAGUCGUGUUUCGAUUAAUUCCGCAGGGCAUCUGUUUUUUCUUGCGCCGCCCGCCAGAGUUGUUUCCGGUUGCGAGUUCAUUUUUUCUUUUUUCUUUGUCCCUCGCGCGUCUUAGGCUUGUUUUUCUCGGUGACGAAGGCGGAAAACUCGCAUUCCGUGGGACGCGCGCGCGCAAAAAAAAGGGUAUUCCAACGUGUUAUAUUUUUUUUUCGGUCCAACUUUGCGCGUUCAUGACUUAGUAUUAGGCUAGCGAGGGUCGAGUGAUUGGCUUUCAGACUUUGCGAGAUUCCGGCGACUCCUCGGGAGUGAAAUGAAAUGAAGGAAGUCUAGGGUGUUUUUUGUCUUGUGCUCCUCCGUUGCUUGUUUUUUUUUUCUGUGUGCGUUUUAGUGUUUGUGCGAGGUCUCUAUUAAUUGGCGAAAGGCGGGAUCCUAGACGUUUACGCAUGUUUGCUCGGACAACGGUGGUGAAAAACGUUUUGUCAUCCCUUUUGUUUUUCCCUUUCCGUUUGUUGGGUCCCCAUGGAAACUGCUGGGCGAGUCGGGAGUCGAAAGGAUGGCGAAAGCGGAAUGCAACGGUCAAUUGCAUGUUGUUAGGUUACGGAGGUGUCUGGGGAGGGCGGGUUUCUUUUAAAAAUACAAUUCCUGCGGCCCGUUUCUUUUUCUUUCCCCACCACGCCACUUGUUUGGUUCGUCGCUUUUCCGAUUGCAUCCGGUUAGGAGUUUAACAGUAACGUUGGGCGACAGUCAGUUUUAUGUCACUAAGACGUCCCGUUUGUUUUUGUUUUUCUUUGCCAGUGGCAGCUUUUUUUGUUGUACUUAAGAAUAUUUUAAUGUUUUUGUACAGAGUUGACUGUCUUGGUGUCUUUUACUCUGAGAAGAUGAAAAAAAAAUUAAGUUCCUCUAGAGAUUUUUCAUUCAAUAUUUUUUUUUUUUUUUCCUAGGCGGGGGGUUGCGUUUUCGCUACUGCGUUGUGCCCCCAUGGUUACAGUUUUUGCUGGUCAGUUAGUUUAGGCGAUGAAACAAAUUGGUCUUUUUUGUUUUAGCUUUAUUGUUAGACAUUUUUUUUUUCCUUCAUACUUUUUUCUCAAAGGAUCUGUGAUGUUAUAAAGAGAGUGCAAGAUGAACAUUGUUGUACAGGGAGUAUUUUUUUUCCUCUACCCUUCAUUGUUUAUUUCUCACACAGAUGGACACAAACAUAGGACUGGGAUGGGUGGGAAUCGCGUGGAUGUGGUGUGUAAAUGCGCGUGCGUGUGUGGCAUUUUUUUUAAGCUCCCAAUUGUCGCACUUCUUGUCAUUCCUCGUGACGAAAGGCUCACCACCGUUUUUUUUUCUUUCCCGACUGCAGUGCUUCGUAACGACAAAAGACGUGACAAAUGUUGAGUCAGAAAAGCAAAGACCGUUCCUCACUGCGGAUUCAUUCUUUUGGAUCAUGUUCUUGCCUCGGUCUGUUCGGUGAAGAUGUUUUUUUUUGGUGGGAACCUCUAACCAUAAAUUUGGAACUUCAAGUUUGACUGCUCUAACAAAGACGAGAGCAGCACAUUCACUUUUUGUAUCGCCGUGUGUGUUGCAGAAGCAGUUUCUUGCAGACAACCUGAGUGAACUGUUAACAUUGAUUUCUACUUCCCGCUGCCGCAGUACUGACAAGGGCUAACUCCAAUGUAAUUGAGUUUCUAGGCUGGUCCCUAGAAUUUGGACUGUUGACUCGAGCAGUGAUCUGGUAUGUGAGGCUUGCUCCGAGCCUUUGCCACCGUUUUUAGAUUUGUUAGCAAACCUCGGAAGCAAAGUGAAGCUUGUUUAGGCAUCGAAAGAGCCUGUAGUCUGGCUCCAAAGAUGACCUCGGUUCUGUUCGAUGUCGUUUGAAUUGCAAUCUUGGGUGCAGUCUGAGUGUUGUGUAGUUCUUUGUUAGAAAGAGAACAUUGUUUGCCGUGCUUCGAUUGAGCAUAGAUUGGACGUAGGUCAUCUGCCAAGCCGCAGGCCAGAAAAGGAACUUGCUAGUUUGUUUUCCGUGUGCCAUGACUUAGUUCUUUUUUUCAUUGUCUGGUUUAUCUCCAAUAUUCUGCAAAGAAGAAAUCGUGAACCAGCAGAGAUAACCAGCAGGGAAAUCCUAGUGACUGACAAAAAAAAAAAAAGAAUGUGGGGGCCAUGUUGUAGAAAGAAAAAGCGGUAUUGGUUUCCUUCAGUGUUCAAUGUGCAUGAGUUUGUGUGUACCUUUGUUUUUAUUCACUUCAAAAACAUUCACCUGAAAAUGCAUGCAGUUGUUCGAAGA